CGGUUGUUAAUGAAAUUGUUUUCAAGGAGACAGCAAUGAAUCAAGUUAUCUGUCGUAUAAAGAGGAGACAGAUAGAACACGGUCGCAUCAGUCGUCUCAGUAGAAGCCGUUCGACAUGCUGAUAAUAAUUCUACCAUUUUUUCUGGCGGCACACGUGGCCGUCUACGACAACGCUUAUGGGAACAGCGAUUGGCAACGAUACGGUCCAGAAUGCACUUACGAGGUGCUGGUGAACAUGUCUUUGGCCAAUAUCGUCCACGAGAAGGACAAUUUCUGCUCUAUGAUCGCGUCAGAACUGAAGUGCCGUCCGAAAGGCAGUGACACGCUAAGUUGCCGUUUUACGAAUGGAAAGAUCAUCAGGCCCGAUCCAAACGACGAUAGAUGCUCGAAUUCGAAAAAUUUCGUUCCAGUCACCGAUAGAUUUAUCAACGAAGAACCGUUCGAGAUUAGAUUCAAUUCAAAGGGGAUAGAGAAUUUAGUGGUGCCGAGAAAUAUUUCUAGAUGGAGCCUGGAUAUGAUAAGGGUGAUCGUUGGUCAGCUUAACGUUGGCUUUGAACUGGAGGAUGGACAGGAUCGGUUCGUUACCAUGGAGGAUUCUAGUAUGGGAUACUGUGAAGUAGAGGUCAAAGUGUCAAGGGCAGGAUAUGAAAGGGGAGUGGUAGGACAAGAGGGAUACGACAUUGUCUUUGAACCUGAACGACCAGAUACGCUGCCUUUGAGUGUGGCGAGUCUGACUAUAGACAAGGUUAGACAGCCCAAGCAGUGUCCUAAUAGGAAGAUAUACUUCUUCGGGAAUCACGAGGAUUUUAGUAUAGAGAACAAGAAUACUUUCAUGGAUAUGACUACCUCUAUCAGCCAGAUGCACAUUUCACGCGAGAAGAUGUACUCGUUCACAGAAUCUAAGGGCGUAAUGAGAACAUUGAAUAGACCAAGAACGAUGCGAAUGCAUCAGAAAGUAGGCUUGUCUUUAAAAAGUAUAAACCCUGCUCAAAGUCCAUUACCCGAAAUCAAAAGUCCUGCGUCAACUAAUUUAUACGCGUACACUAAUUUGGAACGAGUUCCUGAAUACAAAUAAGACACAUAAUAAUCCUACGCAUAAUUUGUAUAAUCAUGACAAUCACUUGACAAUAAACGAUUUACCAAGA